AUGAAGAAAUUGAAUAUGGAUUUGAAGGCUAUGGGUGAAAAACGUCUCCUACAACUUAAUGAGCUAGAUGAGUUCAGAAUGGAAGCCUACGAGAAUUCAAGAAUCUACAAAGAGCGCGCUAAGAAAUGGCAUGACAUGCACAUUCAGAGGUGUGAAUUUAUGGUGGGGCAGAAAGUGCUACUCUACAACUCUAGGCUUAAACUGUUUCCAGGAAAACUGCGAUCGAAGUGGUCUGGUCCGUAUACUAUUACACAAGUUUUUCCACACGGGGCAGUUGAGAUCACUCACGAUAGCAAGGGGACAUUCAAGGUCAAUGGACAGCGUUUGAAAUACUAUUGGGACGGCGAUUUUUCAAAGGAAAAGUCUACAGGUCAUCGGUUGUUCAUGCAUGUUACUUGGAUCGAACUUGCAUCCCCAUAA